AUACUCAGGUCUAUUCAGCAAUGGGCAACCAUGACUUCCACCCCAAAAAUCAGUUUCCAGCUGUGGAGAACAAAAUCUACAAUGUAACAGCAGGCCUAUGGCAUGCCUGGCUUGAUAAGGCCUCCAUACAGACAUUCAGAACAGGUGCUUUCUACACAAAAUUGCUGCCAGGUGUUGGACCAAAGAGGCGAAUAAUUGUCCUCAACACCAAUCUGUACUAUGACCGGAAUAAUCAGUCCAUGAGUCUGGAAGAUCCAGGAAACCAAUUCCGGUGGCUGGAAACUCUGUUGGCCAAGGCAUCCGAAACAGGAGAAAAGGUCUAUAUUAUUGGGCAUGUUCCUCCUGGCAUCUUUGAAAAGAAACGAGGCAAACCCUGGUUCCGAAAAGACUUCAACCAAAGAUAUACAGAAAUCAUUCAGAAGCAUCAUGCUGUAAUUGCAGCACAAUUUUUUGGGCAUCACCAUACGGAUAGUUUUAGAAUGUUCUAUGAUAGCAAAGAUUCCCCGAUCAGUGUCAUGUUUUUAGCUCCAGCAAUUACACCUUGGAAGACAAGCUUGCCAGGUGUGCAGAAUGGAGCCAACAACCCUGGCAUUCGUGUUUUUAAAUACGACCGUAACACUCUGCUCGUGAAGGAUAUCGUAACUUACUAUUUAAACCUCACCCAUGCUAACAUGGGUACCCCUGAGUGGAAGAAAGAAUACAGCCUGACAGAGGCAUACGAGAUCCCGGAUGGUUCUGUUCAUUCCAUGCAUCUGGUCCUGGAGAAGCUUAUGAGAGACAAAGGCCAGCUCCAGAAGUACUACCGGUAUAAUUCUGUGCAGUACGAUACAACGUUCUGCAAUGACAGCUGCCAGACAGAUCACAUCUGCGCUAUCAGAGAAGUUGACUUUGAAAAAUACAAUCAGUGUGUUAUAGCCAGAAGUGCUGCAGCUACAACCCCAAUUCUGGACAUUUUCUUACUUUGCCCCACCAUGGGUCUCAUUACUUUCGGCCUCUUGGACAUCUUGAGCAAGCUAGGCAACCAAUAGCACCACGUGGAUUCCACAGGAGCAAAAGAAGAAGCACAAAAUGUAGUGACAGUCACAAGUGACAGCCUCCUGAGAAUUUAAACCAGAAGUGUCAAACUCACGGCCCCGGGGGCCGGAUCCAGCCCGCGGGGUUCUUAUAUCUGGCCCACAGGACUG